AUCUGCGUGAAUUACGGAAGUGGACUCUAUGUGAAGGUUUAUAAUCACAAUGGCAGGAGUGGCGUGUUGUCUCACCCCGACAGCCUGGUCAGACAGAAGCGCGAAUGGACAGUCCCUCCAGCUUUCAUACGGGAAGAGGAGGACAAUUCCUAUAAGAAUCCAAUUGCUAGAAUACAUUCUGAUCUUGAAGAUACAGGGGUAGUGGUGACUUAUACUAUAUCUGGUCAAGGAGUAACAGAACCCCCUUAUGGAUUAUUUGUUAUCAAUGGAAAGACUGGAGACCUGAACAUAACAGGAAGGGUUGACAGAGAAAAGACUCCAAUGCUGCUUCUCAGAGGUCAUGCACUAGAUAAGACUGGAGCAAAACUGGAAGAGCCAAUAGACCUCCCAAUUAAAAUUGUGGAUAUAAAUGACAACUUUCCAGUGUUUUCACAUGAAGUUUUUGUUGGUUCAAUUGAAGAAUUAAGUGAAACGGGUACAAUUGUAAUGAGGAUAAAUGCAACAGAUGCAGAUGAACCAAAUAACCUAAAUUCCAAAAUUGCUUUCAGGAUUGUUUCUCAAAGCCCCAGCACUGCAUUCAGUAUGAAUAAGGAUACUGGCGAGGUUCGAGUAGCAAAAAUAAACCUUGACAGAGAGACACAAAGUAGCUAUUCAUUGGUGGUGGAAGCGAAAGACCGUGGUGGUGAAUUACAUGGAAAUGCUGCAACGUGUUCUUUAGAAAUCAAGAUUUUGGAUGUCAAUGACAAUCUGCCAGUGGUUGAAAGUAGCGCAUUUGAAGGAAGCAUAGAAGAAAACACAGCAAAUGUGGAAAUUCUGCGAAUAAAAGUAUUUGACAAAGAUGAAGAGUUUUCUGACAACUGGCUGGCAAAUUUUUCAUUUGUUUCUGGUAAUGAAGGUGGCUUUUUUCAUAUAGCAACAGAUACCAAAACAAAUGAAGGCAUUUUAACUGUUGUGAAGGAACUGGACUAUGAAAAAAUGAAAAGCCUAAACUUGGGCAUUGUUGUUACAAAUAAAGCAGAGUUCCACAAGUCAAUUAAACACAAUUAUAAAGCACAGACAAUUCCAAUCAGAAUUAAUGUGAUUAAUGUGCGGGAAGGCCCUGUAUUCCCCGGUGGCACAAAAGUUAUUGAAGCAAGUGAGAAACUGCAGAUAAGACAGGUUAUUGGACAGUAUCAAGCCUAUGAUGAAGACACUGGAAAAGUAGCAAAGCACAUUAGAUAUGUGAAAGGAAGAGAUACAGCAAACUGGAUCACGAUAGACUCAGUCACAGGUGAAAUCCGACUUGCCAAAGAACUCGAUUAUGAAUCACCUCAUGUAGUAAAUGGUACCUACACUAUCACCAUGUUGGGUGUAACUACUGAUUUUCCUAAGAAAACAGUCACCGGCACAGUCGUCAUUCAAGUUAAAGAUGAGAAUGAUAACUGCCCAGUUAUUGUGAACCCUGUGCAGACUGUGUGUUCAGACGCAAAAUUAGUUGAUGUUACAGCUAGUGAUUUGGAUGGUUACCCAAACAGUGAUCCCUUCAGCUUUACUGUCAUUGAUGAGCCAGAAGGGACAGCAAAAAACUGGAUAAUUGCAUCCAUAAACG